AUGACUACACUACAACCCCGUGGUCCAUAUUCGCAAGAGGAGCUCAAAAGGCUGUACCCAGAAGAUCUACAACUGCAACUUGUCCAGGUCCUCCUUCGACAUGGCGAACGAAGCCCUGUCUCUGCGAGAUUUCAGAACGCUGGGUUGAAACCUUUUUGGCCUUAUUGUUCAGCAGCCCGGAGAAUGGUGAGCGCUACAAUGGAAGCUAAUUCCUCGGAUUGGACUCCCCUCCAAUGGAGACGUCGUCUGGAAACAUUUGAUAGUGAUGAUGGUCCGACUAUCGCACGCGGGCCUCGCGGAGAGGUAGAUGAUGUUUGUAACUUGGGUGAGUUGACAGACAAGGGAAGAGAAACAACUUCACAGUUGGGGACACGACUUCGAAGACUUUAUGUUGACCAAUUGCAAUUUCUACCUUCAAUGAUCCAUAAUACUGAUUUCAUAUACCUUCGCGCGACACCAAUUCCAAGAGCUCUGGAGUCACUACAAGAGGCCUUCUUGGGAAUAUAUCCUCCCAAGUCCCGUGCUGCAUCUUGCCCUCCGCCAACAAUUAUCACACGCGCGCCUGCUGACGAGACUUUGUUUCCGAAUGAUGGUGGUUGUAGAAGGUUUGUCCAACUGUCAAGAGCUUUCGCACAGCGAACUGCCGAUCAUUGGAAUAAAACAGACGAAAUGGAAUAUCUCAACAGAAUGAUAGGAAAGUGGAUGCCGGAACACAGUAAACGAGUAGCUGUCGACUCCCACCCCAGACUUUCUGGCAUCAUGGAUACUAUAAAUUCCACUCUAGCCCAUGGCCCUGAAACUAGAUUGCCCAAAGAAUUCUAUGAUAAAAAAGGUCGGGCCAUUAUAGAACGAAUAGGAGUGGAGGAAUGGUUUAGCGGAUACAAAGAGUCGGAAGAGUAUCGUUCUCUCGGCAUUGGAGGGCUCAUGGGAGAUCUGGUGUCAAGGAUGGUUGGAAGUGUUGAACAUAACGGGCAGGAUGGGUUGCUAGAAACUGGCGGUGAGACUGGCUCAACUGGCCUUGGUAGAGGAGGGGAGAAGGCUAUCAAGCUUAGCUUGAGUGGUUGUCAUGAUACUACUCUUGCCGCCGUUCUUACUAGUCUAGGGGCAUUCGAGGGCGAGCCUUGGCCACCGUAUACGUCUCAUAUCGCAUUAGAGAUGUUCCGCAAGAAGCGAUCUUCGUUUGAAGAAUUUAAGUAUGAGCCUUCUGAGACCCGCAGUACCGGCAAAGGACUGCUUUCAAUAUUUGGAUUGGGAAAACAAAAUGAAGCAAGUCCGGUCGGUAUCGCAAGGAGAAAGCUUCGAGACCUUUCAGAAACCGAAAGAUCUAAGCUGGACGGUUACUAUGUCAGGAUUCGAUACAAUGAUCAAGUCAUGACAGUUCCUGGCUGCAGGGCACCAGGCAAACACUUGGACGGUGACGAAUCAUUCUGUACAUUGGAUGAAUUUAAAAACAUAGUCGACAAGUAUACUCCUGCCCACUGGAAGUCGGAUUGCUUGAAUAACAUAGAUGCGCCAGCUUUUCCAAAGAUUAAAGAGCCCGCAGGAUAUUAA